AUGCUAAGAGCUUUACGUCUCACGUCUGACAAUUCUCUUAAGGCUAGCUUUAACAAGCUUGUUAUUUCUGCGUCCGCCGUGAGAGCCAGCUAUUAUAGCCUUCUUAAUGCUUCUCCAGGCCAGCUUAUCUUCGGGCAAGAUAUGAUCACCGACAGCUUUAUAAUGCAGCUCGAGCUACCUCCGAAGUGUGUUUUGAUGCAAUCCUCGCUGACAAUGCCCGCGGAACAGCAAACGACUCGAUGCGUUUUUUAUAAUCCAGGUGAUCACGUGAUGCUACGGAUUCCCAAGCAGUUACGUGCCAAAACUGACGCCGUGGUAAAAGGACCAUUUCUCGUUCGCGUAGUUCAUGACAACGGCACUGUCACCAUCGACAAGGGUAAACGACCAGACGCGUGA